AUGGGGCAGUACAAAUUCGAAGGAGACAUUUCAAGUUUAAAUGAACGCCACAUAGCGUUCAUGAGUACAGUGAUUUCUCAGCAAGAUAUAGAAGUUAAAAAAGUGACAUUUCAUUCAGUUGGGAAGCCAGGUGACAAUUACGUAGCAAAUGUGAAAAGGAUUCACAUAGAAGGCACUAAUCGAAGCAUGAAAAUGAUUGUGAAAAUAGCACCUACUAGCGAAGUAUUUCGUAAGUCACUUCAUGUGGACAUUGCAUUCAAUCGUGAACAAACCAUGUACACUGAGGUGCUACCUAAGCUAGUGUCACUGCAGAAAGCAGCAGGAGUACCAGAAGAAGAACGUCUAAGAUACGCAAAAUGUUAUGGAUCUCUAGACGAAUCGCCUAACGAAGUGAUAAUGUUAGAAGAUCUAGGUGAACUGGAUUUUGUAAUGUUGGAUAAGUACACGCCCUUACCUGACGAAUGUGUAAGGAGUAUGUUAAAGAACUUUGCCAACCUUCAUUCUCUUUCAUAUGUGUUAAAGAAAAAAGAACCAGAUACUUUUUAUAACUUUACAAGUAAGAUGAAAAGUCUGUGGCCGCUUCUUGCUGAAACUCCAGAAUUUGCAGCAAAUCUUGAACAUAUUGAAGGAGCAGUACUGUCUGUGCUAGAUGACGAUGUGUAUAGAAGCGUAGUCAAAAAUAAAAUACCAGAUUUAUUUAACACUUACUUGAAGCUGGUGAAAGAAGAUGUUGGCAAAAACGGAGUAAUUACUCAAGGCGAUGCUUGGACAAACAAUAUCAUGUUCAAAUAUGUGGGAGACACAUUGGUUCAGUCAAUAAUGAUUGACUAUCAAAUAUCGUUCCACCAUAGUCCAGCGAUGGAUCUCCUCUACAUGAUCUUCAACUGCACAGACCAUGAGACCAGGUCUAAGAACUUUUACGACUGGAUAGACUAUUACCAUUCAGAAUUAGAUAAAAACUUGUCAAAUUUCGGCUUGAAAGCUAACUUAGUUUGUCCAAGAGAUCUCUUGGAUGCUGAUAUCAAAAGAAUUGCUAGACCUAUGAUGGGUGUUUCCUUACUAUUGUUUAACAUGUUAUUAAGAGAUGCUAAAGAAGCAAGCGUUGUAGUGGAAAAUAUGAAUGCUGGUGGAUUCUUGGAAGCAAUUAAAUCAAUGAGCGGACAAGAAUUGCAAAAGGAAAGCUUAGCUCGUGGCAAAAAGAGAAUGGAAGAUUUGAUAAAUAGUUGCAUUCAAUUAGGUUUCAUAUAAUCAUUAAUAGAAAAUAUUUAAAUCUGGUCAUAACGAAACUAAAUACUCAUGGAAUGAAGUCAAGUAACUUUUACUUAAGAAAUGUAUUAAUAAAUGUUAAAAAGAGUAUAGAAAGUUUUAUUCGGUCUAACUCAAUGUAACUAUUUCCGUCCUAGGACAUCGAAUUUUUGUCAGAUGACAACGCUUUGCGAUGGGCGAUUAGAGAGUUAAAGUUGGUAAACUUAAGAAAUAGAACAGGUUUUUCUGAGGUUACAUUUUUAACUCACAUUAUUUUUAUUU